UCAGGGAUGGCGGCGUCCUGUGGGGCUGAGGCGGGUGGAGGUGGUGGAGGGGAAAGUGGCAGUUGGGAGCCCAGAGCAGCAAAGAUCCCGGCUGCUGGAGCCCCGCGUCGCGUCGGGGCGUGACAGUCGUCUCCGAGAGGCCGAGCUCAGGUUGGCCCGCGGCGCGGGUGGGAGGAGGACCUCGGAGCGCGGUCCACCAGUCGUCCUCCUCCUCUUCUUCUGUAAGCCGCCGCCAUGACCCUGACAAAAGGUUCCUUUACCUACUCCAGUGGGGAAGAAUACCGCGGCGAGUGGAAAGAGGGCCGGAGACAUGGUUUUGGUCAGCUGAUGUUUGCAGAUGGUGGUACCUACCUGGGUCACUUUGAGAAUGGGCUUUUUAACGGCUUUGGAGUACUGACCUUCUCAGAUGGCUCAAGGUAUGAGGGGGAGUUUUCCCAGGGCAAGUUCAAUGGUGUCGGAGUCUUCAUUCGAUAUGACAACAUGACCUUUGAGGGGGAAUUUAAAAAUGGCAGAGUCGAUGGCUUUGGCCUGUUGACCUUCCCAGACGGUUCUCAUGGGAUACCCCGCAAUGAAGGUCUGUUUGAGAACAACAAGUUACUGCGUUGUGAGAAGUGUCCCGCCGUGGUACAGCGUGCUCAGAGCGCCUCCAAGUCAGCCCGGAACCUCACUGCCUGACGGCGCUUUGGGCGCAGCCAGAAAGUAUCUGUAAAGUGGUGGCGUCCCUUGUAUGUGCGCAAGGCGAACAAAUGAACCGGAUAUGAGAUGAGAAUGACGGUGACGCCACAGCCUGGGACGCGUUCUGUCCCCUGCCAAGCAGGAGUUCAGUCACAGAAAAGUGUGGAGGGUUUUGGCCCCAAGACCCUGCGGCAGUUAUGUUCUUCCCUGGCCCUCAUGUGCUCAAGAGCAGGGCCUGCCCUUUCUUCCUUGUUAUUUCCAAGACCUCGGGUUACCCAGUGCUGUGGCCUUCUCUCCACCUGCUGUCAAACCAUAGGGAAUCUCUUAGUUCUGUCCACCCUUACCUAGAUAAUCUGGGCCUGGACUCGGGACCAGUCCUGUGUGCCGCCAUUGGAGAAAUCAGGAAAAAGACAGGGGUGACAGCAGCUCUGAAGUCCAGGCCAGAGCUCUAACCAUCCACUGCACUUGAAGGCCUGGCUCCAGACCGGUUUCUGUGUCUUCUUAUCCCUCCUCAGUGUAAGAGUGUGGUUUUCUUCUCCCUCAGCUUUAUCUGAGUCUUCCUUACCUGAGUUACAGCCCAGCCCCCAUCUGUGCCUCUCUUCCCUUAGAUGUCAGACAGGAUCCCUUUAUCGAAUAGCCAAGCGAGAAACUAGUGUAAAAGUAACUUAUGACCUGCGUUUGUUACUCCAGGGCAAAAGGCAGACCUAUCCGGGCCUGCUGUGGAGUGACCUGGAAUUCCAAGGGAAGGCUUGCACUGAGAGUUCCUUCCCAGUACCGUUGGAUCAGGCUCACUGUCCCAUGGGUGUUCAAAGACUUGGAUCCAUUCUAGUGUGAACUGUGUAGCAUGGGCUCCUCAUUUGACUCGUGACUCUGAAAGCAAGAGUCUUGGCUCUGGGCCUGGGACAGAUCUUCCUGCCAAAAAUCAUCACAAGGUCUCCAGUUAGCUUAGGUCCCAGCCCCAGUCCCAGUCCCCAUCCUCAAAUCUCUCUCAACAGCAGACUGUGGUGGAAAUUAUAGCUGUGUGCCUCUAUUUAUCAUCUGAACUGUAUUGUAGAAACGUUUAUAGGAAUAAACCAGUGACCAGAA